AUGGACUUAAGCCCUCUGCCAGAUGAAGAGUUAGGGGUUUCAGAAGUCCUUUGGUCUCCUGAUUUGGAUGCACGUUGGCGUUUCCUGCGACGACAUAUUAGUCCAUUUGAAAGGGAUCGAGUAGCGUACUAUUCGGCCAAAUAUCAAAAGCCUGUGUUUGUUUACAUGAACCCCAUCGUUUGGCGCCGUUUAGUAGAAAAACAAGGCGCUUUUCGUGCGGUAGAACUCAUGCUAAUGUUAGGCUUUGCGCCAGCGCCGGAAGGCCCGUGGACAAUAACAGAGUGGAUUGAACGUGAGGCUGCGGCAACCGCACGCAAUACAUCUACUACGGGAAGCAGCGCCAGUUUCAGUUCCAACAGCGGACACCCCAAUUCUCGGAGGUCAAUUGCUGUUCCCCCUGGAGCCGGUGAGGACUCACGUAUAGGCGGCGGUGUGCGUUUCUUUGUACUUAAUCAUGAAGAUUCACGCCCAUCUAUUACAGGUUCUCCAGUAAGUCAAUAUAUGUCUCCACGUUCUGGUACGAUAGGGGUUCGGGCCGGCAGUCCGGCAGUUGUGACAAUGUGCACACAGGUAUCGUCACCAGUUGUUGCAACAACAACAACAACAUCAACAACAACAACUACUACUACUACAGUGUCGUCUGGAACAGCUUUAGCCGGAACACACCGGGUAGAUGGGGAACCCACUAUCACACGUAUCCGUAAUCUUGAGGCUGAGGUGCGGGAACUAACACGACAGAUUCGCAUUCUCAAGUCACGAGAAUUAGAGCAAGAAAUGAGUACAGUCUCUGAUGUGACAUCACAGAAUGAGACACCACAACCGCACAUUAUUGUACGUCCUGAUCAACCCUUCAUUGCUUCCACAAACUGUCAUGCACUUGUAUGUCUACCAGUAAACUAUCUUGAUCCUGAUUGUGCACCUUAUGUUGUGUCUCUUGGUGCCGCAUCGGGGCGCAUGUUGUUGGCAUGUACUAUUGUAGAACACCGUUAUGUUAUAUUUGUCGCGCCUCCCCAGCGGCAUGGUUCAUUGGCUGUUGUUCUUCUUUGUACUCGAGAAGGCACUCUUCGACCAUAUACGCGGGCGGUGUGGUUGGAGUAUAGAGCACAGGAUCCACCCAACACGUUAACGCACCACGCGGUGAAUCAACUACUACAGGAGAUUCCGCUGCCAUCCUCGGCGACUGCUAUUGACGCUAACCCAAGUGAGAUGGAACAGCCGAAGAGUGAGAGUGCCUUUGAAGACGAUAACACCUUCUGUGAUACCGAUACCGCCGUGAGUACCUCUGACCACGGUUUAGAAGCGGAACCUCGUCUCCCUCUUACAAAAGAAAUGCUACAACUCAUACCAAAUGGGGUUAUCACGGGUAUGAGGGCCUCACGUACGGCGGCGACAAGUCAAGUACAUCCCCAUGAUACUACACUGAGUGUUCCAGAUAGUUCAGGUUCGUCCGAGGGCGGUGAACGUGAGGCGGCGGCCCCAGCAGAGCAACUAUGGGAUGAUAACCGUCUCCCCAAACGAGGUAGCACCACAAUGAGUACCGGACACCCGACGAGUUAUCAACGUGGACAACAGAGUGGUUACUCAGAUGAGGAGGCAACACAACAUGCUUUUAAUUGUACGACAAAUCAUACUGAUUUAAGUAGUUCUACUGCAACCUCUGUGGUGAGCUUUGAGAGCACAACACCCAGUGUCAGAUUUGGUUCUGCCGGUAUAAUGAUGCGUCGCGGUUGGGUACGGCACUGCGUACCAGGACAUCAUAAGACAACCAAUACCACCCUCUGA